AUGUCUUCUUCCCUGCUGCUGAGCGCUGCCACGGGCGGCAUUUUCGGUGCUGCGUUGACGGCAUCGGGAGUAUAUGCCCCGUCUGUUAUCAUCUCACAGCUCCAGCUGGGGAAUUUUCAUAUGCUCAAGAGCUUCCUCGCCGCCAGUGCCUGCAGUGCCUUAAUCGUGGCCGGCGCGAAUCGAGCACAGUAUGCCAAACUCUCCCCCCGGUCCGACUCCUCGUAUGGCUGGUUCAUGAGAUACGAUGCCAACCUCAUUGGCGGCCUUUUACACGGUAUCGGCAUGGCCUUGACGGGUGCAUGUCCCGGCACGGUCCUGGUGCAGCUGGCGAUGGGCGUGAGAUCCGCCCCGGCCGUCGCUGUGGGAUGUGUCUUGGGCGCCAUCGCCUUUGUCAAGUCGGCACAGCACCUCAAACGAACGCCACCGACGAAAACAUCCCCGGGUCCCUCGCAACAGACGAUGCAAGAGAAGCUAGGCCUGUCGACCAACUCGAUGAUUCUCCUUUACGAGAUUUUGUGUCUUGGUAUGAUCGUCGCGGCCACGUACUUGGCACCCACGCGCGACCAUUGGCUCAACCCGAUUGUGGGCGGACUUCUUAUCGGCGUGGCGCAAGCAACCUCCGUUCUGUUCACUCGCAAGACCCUGGGAGUUUCCAGUGCGUACGAAGACAUUGGGAAAUAUUUUUGGAGUGUCGUGGACGGCAGGACUCCAGGCCCGGGCUUGUCGAAUAUCGUCUUCGCCAGCGGGGUCAUGGCUGGGUCAAAGAUCAUUUCGCAAUUUAUCCCCGCUGUGUCCGAGGCAGGAAGCCUGGCGAUCAGUCCCGUUGCCGCCGUCGCUGGGGGGUUCACCAUGGUGUUCGGGGCAAGAAUGGCAGGUGGAUGUGCAAGUGGACAUGGCAUCUCUGGGAUGGCCACCAUGGGCCUGAGCAGCUUCAUUACCGUGGCCGGCAUGUUCGGAGGCGGCAUUAUACUGGCUCUAUUGCGCCGAUGA